UGAAGUGAUAUAUCACUCUUGUCAUGAACACUAUUGGAGAAAGAUCAGCGCGAGUGUCUCCUAAACCGUUGUCCCUGGCGAACACUCAAGUGUCAACAAGUCUGUUGUAAGAUGGCAGUUGCCUGGAUUGGGGAACUUUGACUACAUGAUGUUGACAACUUAUAGUAAAACAAGUGCCUGAAAUCUAAACCUUCUUUUGUGAGGGUUUGAUUUUAGGAUUUCGGGAGGCAAUGUCAGUACUUAGUUCUCUAGCAAAGGGCUACGGGUCGUGGAAUGGGGACAUUGAUCUGACCCUUGCAAAAGAAAAUACGAAUGUCUUCCCCCAAACAGCACAAUCCACUCGACCACAUCGUCAUGGCAUUACUGUUUCUCCUCGAGGACCGAGCUCUGUUCCCACUACAGCAAACUAUGGAAUCAGAUUCCAAAACUCUGAUGGGAAACUGGACCUUCCCAAAACCUUUCUGACUCGGAAAGGGGCACUGUUGCUGUUCACAGCUCCGGAUGAUACGGAAAAUACAAAUGUUCCAAGUCAGAAGUUUCGCAGAAAACGGAAAGGGAAACAGCUGAUUGACCUGAGUUUGAAACUUGGAACUCUAGACAGGCUGUGCAAGUCUGUGCUUCAGUAUGGAGGCGAGGAAUAUGACAGAGAGAAUUCCAGUGUAUCAGAUCCUCGCAAUAAAACAUUCUUGAAGUUCGUGCAUCAGACUCCUGAACCAGAAGAUGUUGAGGUUGAUGCUCAUUCUCAACCCGGAGCGGAUCUGGAUUUCUAUCUCCGUGAUCUAAAGUCUCGGUCCAGUAGUCGCCAGUAUGCCCUAGGUGACUCUGAGUCUGUGUCAAGGUCACCUGAACUGCGUGAGAUUUUACGAGAUUUGGAUGGAGCAUUUCCACGGUCAAUUGGUGGUAGAUCUGUGACUUCUUCUGAUUUCACAGAAUCAAAAAGUGGAACUCCCAAGCAGCGUGUCCUGUCCAGCAAGAAGCUGACUGCAUCCCUGAAGUCCUCCACCUACCUUGGUCGACCUGCGUCUGCUGUGUCAGCAUCAGCAUCUGUGAUAUCGGAACCAGCUGUCAAUCUGCCCCGAAUUGCAUCUGAAUCCAGCAUCAGGUCAAGGUCAUCCACAAAAUCAGGGCUGUGGGUUCAAGAGGAAGAAGGUGAUCAGGGAUCAGCUAAGGGGUCAUCCGGUCGGUCAAACAGUGGCAGGACUCGCAGUACUAGGUCUCACAGUUCAAGGUCACGCAGUGCCAGGUCUCGUCCCAGUAGAGAGGCUACCCCUGUCAGUGACAAUGUGCCAGGCAGGAAGAGGCAGGUGCUGCCCGAGCAGGAGGAGGGGAUGGGUGAGGCCACAUCGGCAGCAGAUGAGCAGGAGAUUCUCUUACUCUCAGAUGCUGAGGAGGAGGCAGAGGAAGCAGGUUCUGGAGGAGAGGCUGACCAGUGGCCGGCUAUGGAAGAGGAUGGACAGAAAGGCAGUGGGUCUCCGGGAGCAGAUGUUCAGGCAGCUGCACAGUCUCUGAUGCCACAGUAUAAAGAUGCUGAGGAGGCAGGUUCUGGAGGAGAGUCUGACAAGUGGGCAGCCAUGGAGGAGGACAGACAGAAAGGCAGUGGGUCUCCUGGUGCAGAGGUUCAGGCAGUCACACAACCUCUGAUGCCGCAGUAUAAAGCAACUAAACUAGCGGGAGAUGCUGACAUGGUGAUUGACACCGCAGAGUCGGAUGCGGAAGAGGAGGCGGCAGCGGUGGAGAACGUCACUGGAGGCCACCUCACUGAUGCCAGUCAGGCUGCAGAUGACGUUGCACUGACCACAGAUGUCACUGAAGAAACACAUAUCACAUCCUCCCCCACCCAUCACCCUCCCCCAUCUCCACCACCAUCACACACAGACCUCCCUGCAGCCUCAGUACCACAAGAGAGGAAGCCUGAUUAUAUUCCAGCUGUGGAUGCCGAAGCUCAUAAUGUUGGUGUUGACAAUGUUGGCCCCCUUGGUGUUGAUCUUGAUGCAGAGAUCUCUAAGUUACCAGUAGAUGGUUGCACGUCUGAUACUAAGGGUGAAUGUUCAAAAGAUGGAAUUUCCCCUGAUGAAGGAAUUCUUGAUAAUGUAUCAUCAAAGUCUAAACAAGGGUCAAGGCCACAGUCUGCUGUUUCCUACCCUGGGUCAAAGGUUGACUCACAGCCUGGAUCUAAUGUUGGUUCUGAUGUAGAACAAAGGGAUUCAGAUGAUUUGAAGAACUUAAAUCCAUCUGAAGAUGAUAAUGCUACUGGUUCUCUAGAGAAAAUGUCACAAAUGAUGCAAGAUUCACACCAGCAUGACCAACAUUCAAGGUCAGGAUCACAUGAUGGGUCAGAGCAAGGGGCAAAGUUGACAUCUAGGUCAGGGUCACAAUCUGGGUCAAGGUCAGAAUCCAUCUCUGGAGAGAAAGUAGAACCUACCAAGGAAGUUGAGUUUCAGGAUAAAGACGAUGUGUUGAUGACAGAGAGACUUAUACCUGACCAUGACAUGCAACUAGAAGGGGAGACAACUCAAGAUGUCCUAGAAGAUAAGCAAACAAUGGAACUAAAGGAAAAAAUGGAACUUGAGGAGCUGGAAGGUGAAGCGGUGCCAUUCACAGAUGCUAGAGACAGUGAGGUGACAAGUGGGUCUUGCACACCAUCCAUUAUUGAUGUUGUAUCAGAGGCAAACAAAGAUAUCGGCGACGAAGACCAUGUUUCACCAGAUGAUAGUGCUGGCCGAGAUCACCAGCCGGAUCCUGACCCCUUUCAGGAUGGUGACCUUGUUACUGAUCCUGCCCUCAUUGCUGAUGGAGGUGAUGGUGACGGCGAUGGUGAUGGCGAUGGUGACAGAGGUGUUGACAGGGAUGUUGUACCACCUAGCCCUGUUACUACUCAAGCAUCGGAUGAGGAUGUUGAAGUCACUGCUGUUGCUACACAGGGUGAGGUGGAGGAGGGUGGAGGGUCACUGCUGGGGAAGGAUGAGGAAGCAUCAGCAGGAGGUGCUGAAGCAGGACCUGAGGGGGAGGACUCUCCUCCUGGACAGAUGUUGGAGGGAGAGGAGAGCCAAGCACCUGCAUCCCCAGUCAAGGAGAAGAGCAAGGUCACAUUCAAUGAGGAGGUAACAACUCAGAUUGUUCCUGAAACCCCACCCCAGACCAAGAGACAACCUCAACCUCCAAAGGCUAAGCCUCCCACAAAACCAGUUUCGAAGACAAGGACUCCAGCAAAGGGAGGCAAUCAGAAAGAUGUAAAGGCUGAAACCAGGAAGUUUGUUAAAGUAAUGGACAUCACCUCAGUUCAACCCGAGACUGACAAACAGGAAGUUGAGAAAGAUGUCCCAGCAGCUCCAGUGAAGAAGGCUAGAGUCAAGAAGCCACCUGCUCGACAUGUAGAGACUAAGUCGGACAAGACCAAGUCGUCGGUGUUGCCAGCUCACAUGGAGGAGUUUCUGGGACGCCGUAGCACAUCUAAAUCUCAAGAGGAACUGGAGGAUGAGAUUGCUCAGAUGAGUGUAGCUAUUGAGGACACGCUGGCCGGACCUACUCUGGCUGUGGAUGCUGGGGAGGGGCUGACGGCAGAGGAGCUGACAUUGGCACAGGAGGCACUGCUGGAGAGAGUGAAGGAGGCAGAGUCUAAGAUUGACAAUGUAACCACAAAGACCCCAGACAAACCUAAAGUUGCUGUCAAAGCACCAGGACCCAAGUCCAAGAAGAAGAGCAAGAAGGAAACUGAUGAGGAGAAGAGGGAUCUGCAGAUGGAGAGGGCAGCCAUCAAGGAACGGAGGAUGAGGGAGAAACAGCAACGUCUACUGGAAGCAAUGGCACUGCAGGAGAAGAUCAGAGCCAGAGAGGAAGAGAGGAGGGCAAAGGAGGAGGAGGCCAAGAAGAAAGCAGAGGACCUGGCCGAGGAGAUGGAGGACCUGAGGAGAGAGGAGGAGGCGAUCCAGCAAGCGGAGGAUGAUGCUCGUCUUCAAGUAGCCAUGGUCAGGAACAUUGAACGUGAAGCUCGAGACAAAAGAAGAAGGGACGAAAUGGAGAGGAAGAAGCAAGAAGCCAUACGGAGAAGAGAGAAGGAGAAGCAAAUGAUAGAAGCAGCCCGACUGAAGGAGGCGGAGAUGCUCCAGCGUAUUGCUGACAACGAGAUGAAGAGGAGAUUGGAGGCAGAAGAGAAGCUCAAGAGAGAGGAAGAGGAGAGAGCAGCACAGGAGAAGUAUGAGGAUGAGAUGAGGCAGGCCCAGAGGGAGGCGGAGGAAGAGGAACAGAGGAUGAGGGAGCUGGAGAAGGAGGCGGAGGAGGAGGCCAUGCAGAGGUUGGUUGAGGAGAGGGAGAAUGCGAUGAGACGCAGAUGGAAACUGAAGCAACUCGCACGCCAGAUUGAAGAAGAAGAGCGGAAAAAGAGAGAUGCUAUGCUGUUGGAGGAAUAUAGACUGGCUGAGGAGAAGAGGGAGAAUGAACUUGAGGAAGAGAGGAAUAGGGAAGAAGAGAAGAAGAGGCUUGAGGAACUUCAGCGUAUGGAGGCUGAAGCGAGGGAGACCAUGAGGCAUGAGCUGGAACGUCGACGAGAGUCGGCCCUGAAACGUCGGGAAGUGAACCUAGAACGGCGGGAGAACCUGGACAACAUCCGGCACGGUCAGGGCAUCACACGGGCCUGGGUGUUCUCCUACUUCAUGGAGUGGCCGAGGGAAACUUACAACAAAUUAAUGGGUGAUGAUGAUAAAAUUUCCAAGAUGCAAGCAUUCCGUCACAAACCAAAACCCCCAGCGGAGAAAGCCCCAGCAGAGAAAUCAGCUGAAGUGCUACCCCUGAAGAAAUACCUCUAGAAGUGGAGGAGAUAGUUGAUUCACCACCUAGCUGAGAUUAGAUCCUGUAGAACUCUACCUGCAAUAGUGGUCUUUACCAAACCACAAUCUCAGUCUCUGAAGUCAUAAUGGAGUCUUGUUAUCACUGUUUCUGGUCUUCUGGUUGUGACAUGCGCAGGUCUAAACAUUGCCUUUGAUUCUUCUCGAUGAGAUGGUGUAGAUUCUGAUAACUGUUUGGGUAGAUUAUCUUUAACAGUGUCGUGGACUUCUCAUUCAGGUCUCCUGAGAUCUGGGGUGGUGGGGUAGCCUAAUGGUUAUGGCGUUGCUUCUCACGCUGAAGACCCGAGUUUGAUUCCCCACAUGGUACAAUGUGUGAUGCUUAUUUCUGGUGUCCCCCUUUGGUAUAUUGCUAAAAGCGGCAUAAAACCAUACUCACUCAUGCUUCCAUGAUCUUAGGUUUGACUUCAAGCAUUCUGAAGACUAUAUGAAAAAUUUCCGCCUUGGGGAUGUCUUUCCCUAGGUUAACGUUAUCGAUGAAGAGAGGUAAUGGUUUGUGCUAACUGCUGUCAUAUGGUCAGGUGUAUCAGCUUGAUGAAGUGGUAUUAUGCCCUGACUGAUACACGUUUUAGACGUUUUUUACACCUGCUUACAACCAAUGAUCAUAAUUAGGGUGAAUUUGGGAUUCAGACCAUGAAGUACCAGAUCCUGUCAUGCCUAAGGGAAGCAGGAACUGCUGGAAUAUGCAGAGAUAGAACAUGACACAUGAUCAAGGUCCGUGAGUGUCAGUCUCAGGUCCAUGUUAUCGUGUUAUAUUAAGUACAAUAACUAUGGUUAGGCCAGACCAAUUUUAUUUCUUGUUUUAUGGAUCCUCCGGUCAUAUUUUUUCAAGAAUAAUAAAAAAUAAAAUAAAAAUAAAUAAAUAAAA